AGCGCAAGCAGACCCUAGUAUUCGCACGAUAGCUUUCUGCUAGGGGUUGUUUUUGACAGCUGAAGGGGCUGGAAAAAACAUUUAGGUGUGAGGCAAAGUCUCCCCCAUCACUGGCCGAGUUGUUUCCACCGGUGCCAAAAAGGUACCAGGUACUGUGACGUACUACGACUGUUCUGUGUUCUGUCAUUGUCAGCAUGAGUUUCACGGAUUCAGUUGUAUACAUUCUCAAAGACAAUCCAGUGUCCCAGAGUACCAUUCAAAUCGCGUCAUCUGUGUUGAACAAAGCAUCUGGUUGGUUGCCUGUACCUAAACCCCAGGAAAUACCUGCACCAGUCAUGACGCCAGCACCGCUUCCUCAGCUUUUUAAGCUGGCGAGCUACAGUGGACUCUUCAUAAGAUUAGCGGGGAUAUCAGGUGCUGCUGCUGUUGGCCUCGGCGCGUAUGGAGCACACAGUAUUAUGAACGAAGAGGGGAAUGAGCACAAAAAACGUGUCUUUGAAACUGCAAACAAAUACCAUUUUUACCACACUAUCGCUCUCCUAGCAGUUCCAUUGUGCCAUUAUCCUCUUGUGACGGGAUCACUCUUUUCAGCUGGAAUAUUGAUGUUCUGUGGACCCUGCUAUUACAUGUCCAUUACGGGUAAAGAUCAGUUGAGAAAGUUAACACCAUUUGGUGGUGUGUGCCUCAUUGUUGGUUGGCUGUCUAUGAUGAUUUAAUUACCUUUCUCUUUAUUUUGUGGUGAUACAAUUUCAAUACCAUAUUUGGGUGCUUGUUACUGCUUCAUUACAUUUAGACAUUCGUGUCAAAGUUUUGAUUUAUCAGCAGCUCCCUUAAAAAUUUUGUUUAGUGUGGUCACUAGUGACUGAAACACUUUGUGAUGGAGCUUAUCACACUGAUACUUUUUUUAGGGUAGCAAAUACCCCUAUUCUGCAUUGCUGUGAAGCACACAAAGAAAGAUGCUGGCCUUUCCUUACAUCAGGUGGCUCCCAAUAACUGCAUUCAUAAGUUGACAUUCUAGUAAUUUUGCUUUCAUUUGGCGUGUUUUAGACAUCACUCUUUCUCCAUUGCGGAUCUCUGUAUGUGUAGCAUGUGUUUUAAAGUAGUAUGGAUUGUAAAUUCAGUGGACCUAGUUGAAGUUCAUUUUGUGUAAAUUUGUUUUUUUAAGCUCAAAUAUAUAAAUCAGUACACAAA